AUGGCUGUUCAUUCUGCAUGUAAAUGUGAUGAACGUUACUGUAGAGCAAUCAAAGGAAAGCCCUCCAAAUCAGAAGCUUGUAUAUGCUUUUAUGACAAUAGACGGGCGACCAAUAUACAUCCAUGGCCUUGUUACAAACAGGAACAUUGGGUGGAGAAGAAAUGCUCAGCGUGCCGCGCAUUUGGAAACUGUGAUUAUUCCGAUAAUCCCAAUGCUCCCUACGACUGCUAUUGCGUGAUGGAGAUAAAAAUCUGCGUCAGGAUCAAUGCUGCAAAAGGAAAUACUACCGACGUUUCCGAGCGACUUCUUAAGUUCUGGGAGAUACAGCCUAACACAACAAUGUCUUCUGUACAGGAAAAGAAUGUGGAUCGAGGGAAAGCUUAUGACAAUACGGUACAAGUUCAUCGAGCCAACAAUCGCAUUUACGAAAAGGCCUACAACCAGUACGAGAGUUUGAUGGCUGUUCACUCCGCAUGUAAAUGCGAUGGAAGUUAUUGUAGGGCAAUCAAAGGAAGGCCCUCCGAAUCAGAAGCUUGUAUAUGCUUUUAUGACAAUAGAGUGGCGACCAAUAAACCAUGGCCAUGUUACAAACAGGAACAUUGGGUGGAGAAGAAAUGCUCAGCGUGCCACGCAUUUAAUAACUGUGAUUAUUCCGAUAAUCCAAAAGCUCCCUACGACUGUUACUGUGUGAAGGAGAUAAAAAUGUGCGUCGGGAUCAAUAUUACCGAAGGAAAUAUUACCGACAUUUCCGAGCGACUUGUCAAGUUCUGGGAGAUACAGCCUAGCACAUCAAUGUCUUCUGUACAGAAAAAGAAAGUGGAUCGAGAGAAAGCUUAUACGGUAAGAGUUCGUCAAGCCAACAAUCGUAAUUAUGAAAAAGCUUACAACCAGUCCGAAGGUUUGAUGGCUGUUCACUCUGCAUGUAAAUGCGGUAAAAGUCAAUGUGCAGCAAUCAAAGGAAAGCCCUCGGAAUCAAAAGCUUGUAUAUGCUUUUAUGACAAUAGACAGGCGACCAGUAAACCAUGGCCAUGUUACAAACAGGAACAUUGGGUGGAGAAAAAAUGCUCAGCGUGCCGCGCAUUUGGAAACUGUGAUUAUUCCGAUAAUCCCAAUGCUCCCUACGACUGCUAUUGUGUGAUGGAGAUAAUGAUGUGCGUCAGGAUCAAUGCUGCAGAAGGGAAUACUACCGACGUUUCCGAGCGACUUCUCAAGUUCUGGGAGAUGCAGCCUAGCACAACGAAAGCGGAUCGAGAGAAAGCUUAUACGGCGAAGGAAUAUCGCGACACCGAGUGUCCUGAUUACUUGAACAGAGUGCCUAGAGAUCGAUCGAAAGCCCAAGUACCUAAUCCGUAAACUGGAGGAUCAUGGUACCCGGGAAGAAAUUCGUACAGGCAUGCAUUUGCGCGGUGUUUAACAGGAUGCAUGUUUGACAUUAUGAUAUCCCAAUGUUGCAAAGCUGUUGAUUUUUCU